CCAAAAAGUAAAUGUUCAUGUGAAUUUUUUAAUGGUUCUAAAUAUUAUAUAGAAUGGGUAAUAAAAUAUUUAUAAAAAUAAGAUUGGAGAGAUAAGACAUGGAUUAGGUGAAUAAAUUUGAAAAGAUGGAGAAAAAUACAUUAGAUUAUGGAAAAAUAAUAAAUUUAAUGGUUACUGUAUUUAUCAUAAUGAUUGAACUAUAUGUACAGUCAUAUAGAAGAAGUUAAUCAAAUAUUUAUUUGGUCAAAAUAAGUUAUACUUUACAUAUUGAAUAUAAUUCUCAGAUGAUGAAGAAUGGUAAAUUGAUCAGGCAAAUAGAAAGGGAAAUUUUAUUGUGAGAUUGAGAGU